GUCAGGUCACGUCUACAAGAACGUGGACAUCAACGCUACCCAAAUGGCAGGACAUAUAUAGGCCUUCUCGAAAAGUUUUCGAUGAUCUUUGAAAACAUUAAAAUAACAUGCACUGCAGAUGACAAAUCCGCUUUCGUGUAAGUUCGCUACUUACAAGCCGAGCUAGCGCGCUUACGUUCUGCACAUUUUCUUUUUCUUUUCAUGCCGAGAAACAUGAUGACUGUAAUUCAAAUAUUACUUUACAUGCUCAUGCAACUACAUCAAAUUGAAUGCGCGAAACUUACUGGGAGCCAACAAGUAGUCUUUCCUGAGUUGCUACAAAGCCGGACCGCUAAUGGCGGCAAGGUGCUGAGAAUUACUCAAGAUCUCACUCUGAAUCUCGAGAAAAGUUCCAUUCUGAGCAAGAACUUUCUUCUUCGUACAUACGAGGAUAGGAUUAUGAAGCACACUUACCAUGAUGGAGAAAUACUAGAAGAAGAUCUUUACCACGACGCUGAACAUUUGGCUUCUGUUAUGGUGUCCGAAGAUGAUGGCUUUCAAGUGGAAGGUGUGCUGGGGCCAACGCUGCGAAUAAAGCCACUAAUUGAAGAGAGAACGGUGGAAGGAAAGAAUGCUCAUGUUCUUUAUGAAAUUGCUGAUGAUGCAAAUCCCCUUAGCGCCAAUGGUAAGCGGGAAAGACAUUCGCAACAUUUUGCAUCAAUACUGUACCCGAUUCCAUUCUGA